GCAGUCGUUGUAUAGACGGAUCAAUAGGGGAGCGUCCUAGGCGCGGUUAAGAGUUGCGACUGCCGCUUUCGCGUUACUUGCUGGUGGCACUUGCGUACUGGCCCUCGCUGACAGAACACGACCGCGCUUCGCUUACUACUCAACUGUUCCGCAUCAUCCGAUAUGGAGAACAAGUAUUGGAUACUUCUUGUGGCCGGUUUGGUUCUCGUGUCAAUCUCGGCUGCCAUUGCCGACGGUGAAGUUGUCGAGGAGAGUGACCAUGAAGUACUGAUCCGUAACGAAAGGGGCGCUAAAAAUAGAGACACUUGCCGCUAUGUGAGAGGAACCUGGUCUGACUGUGAUCCGAAGACUAACAUUAGAUCCCGGACUUUGACGCUGAAGAAAGGCGACCCGGCCAGCUGUGAUCGCUCCAAGACAAUACAAAAGAGAUGCAAGAAAGCAUGCCGCUAUGAAAAGGCGUCUUGGAGUGUAUGCGACAUAAAUGGUGAAAUGACCCGGACUGAUAUGCUGAAGACAAGCAGUGAUCCGACCUGUGACCAAAGCAGACGGAUUACGAAGAAGUGCAAUAGGAACAAACAAGCUAAAUCCAUUAAGGACAAGGGUCGUCGAAAUCGCCAGUAAGAAGAAUAAGAAUAUUAAUUUUUUUAGAUAAAAUACAUUUACCCAUGAAAUUAAUUCAUAGGAUUUAAUUUAUAAGCGUUAGUGCCAAAAAUAUUCUUUUAACUUGUGAUGUUAUUAGGAAUUUGGCAACAAUAGUACAAUCGAAGUAUAAACCUACAUUUAGUCAUUAGAUAUCUUUACUUUAUUAUAACAUUAUAACGUCUUUGAUAUUAAUAAAUAUUAUGAGUACUUA